CUUCCUUUAUUUCCGCCAGCCAAAAAAGGUACGACAAUCUGGGAAUUUAUCUAAAGUUUGAUUAUUAAAUAUCGUGACCAUCAUAAUAAUAACAUUCGGUUUUUUUUAUAAUUGCCGUGCCCAAAUAAUAUAUUUAAUAUUAGUAACCGACGAAAAUGGCUGAUGUUGAUGUAGAUAUUCCUUCAGCUGUACCCACAAUAGGUGCCGGUAUGGAUAUUAAUCAAGCAUUGCAAGAAGUUUUAAAAAAAUCUUUGAUUGCUGAUGGUCUUGUGCAUGGAAUUCAUCAAGCUUGUAAAGCUUUAGAUAAACGACAAGCUGUUUUAUGCAUCUUGGCAGAAUCUUUCGAUGAGCCUAAUUACAAAAAACUGGUUACUGCACUAUGCAACGAACAUCAAAUACCAUUAAUCCGAGUCGAUUCUCAUAAAAAACUUGGUGAAUGGUCAGGUUUAUGCAAAAUUGACAAAGAGGGUAAACCACGUAAAGUAUGCGGAUGCUCAGUUGUUGUUAUUAAGGAUUUUGGUGAAGAGACGCAAGCCUUAGAUGUAGUAAAAGAUCAUUUGAGGCAAAAUAGUUAAUUCCAUUUCGUUUCAUUGUGUCUCAACAAAGUGUUUAACGAAGAAAAAAAUACUUUUAAACACAAA